UUGAUUCAGAGAUUUUGUUGAAGUUUAAGAUUAUUAAGAGAGAAUAAGACUAAAUUUUAUAAAAUUGUGUGAAAUUUCGUUGUAAAUUGGCUUAGGCCGCUGUUGUAACGGUCGUGUUGGCUGCAUUGUCAAAGUGAUUUGUGAGAGCGAUCAGUUGGAUUUGUCGUAAAAUGGCUGUCUAGAACCUUUUUUGAGACCCGGUUUGAAUAGGCUGUCACAAUUUUCUCCUCACGACCGUGUAUGCACCGGAUUUCCAUGCAUCCAUACACAAAUAGACGGUGGAUUAAAAAUGACUGUAUUAUGGGAGGACGGUGAGUGUCCUCCAAGGAAAAGGCUCUGCCUCUCCGCAAGCCAAACCCGCCGUGGCACCACUUCUGGUGAAGAAGUGCAUGUGCCAGAUCAGAAACAACAGCAAGAACCUCCAAUGGCCAUGCCGAUAGAAGCAGGCAUGAUGGUUGUCGGCGGUGUUGACGCAGUUGGAGGUGCAGCAGUGAGAUGUGGGCACGACGACUGUGAGAGCCCAAUCACCACUCUCUCCAAUCUAGGGAAUACUUGCUUUCUAAACAGUGUUCUAUAUACUUUGCGAUUCGCACCCUCUUUUAUACACAACUUGCAUCACCUCGCUUUAGAUCUCAAAGAAUACAGCGGCCGUCACACUUUAAAAUUUUUUCAGUGUUCCUCUUUGGGUCGAGGCGGGAAGAGUUGGAGCAGCAAAGACCUGCCGUCUUUGGGUGGGGGUGACGUUCCCAAUGUCAAAAUGCAAAUUGCCACUGAUAAACUCCACCAGCUGUACGAAGCUCUUCACACUGAAGAGCUUAAAGACAACAUGGAGUCUUAUCACCCCCACGUCUUCCUACACUCUUUAAGGGAUGUAAACCCGAUAUUCGAAGGAAACCAACAACACGAUGCCCACGAGUUGCUUGUCUGCCUCCUCGACAACAUCAGGGAGACGUGCAAACAGUUGAGGCAGCUUGUGGCAUCGACACCAGUUUCGACAAUACCUUCUGCUCCGCCGUCGCAACAGCCUGCAAAGCAAUCUUGGUCCAGUCAAGUGCGAAAGAGCCUUAGCAUCACUAGGGCGAGACCUAAAAUUAAUGGCGAUGAUAAAAAGUUAAUCCCAUUAGGCAAAGAAUCUCAGAUACAAAAUGGUGAUUGUUGUACAAAUGGUGUAGACGAGGAAGAUGACCAUAGCAACAUUGGCCAUAAUUUUAUUAGUGAACACUUUGAGGGUGUUUCUCUCCUAAAAACAACAUGUUUAGAGUGUGAGCAAGUAACUCAAAGGCAGGAGACCUUCUCAGAUAUCUGUGUUCCCAUAACUACUAAUCUUAAAGAUAAACCUUCAAAUGUCAAUAAAUUGUACCAAAAUGCUCUUGUAACAGAAGAAUAUUUGCAUGACAGUAACAAGUACUGGUGUGAGCAGUGCCUGCGGUACAAUGAGGCAAAACGGUGUGUCAAAUUUGAAACUCUUCCAAAACUGCUGACCCUUCAGAUAAAACGAUUUUCUUCAGGGUUCGGUUCUGUUGUUAGUAAAGUCAACGAGCACAUGCCGACCCCAUUGGUCCUGGGCUGUUUUUGUGAGAAGUGCCAAAGCACAAACAACCCAGACCACCAGUACCACCUCUAUGGCGUAAUCAUGCACCUCGGCGCUACGAUGGCAUCCGGGCAUUAUGUUGCCUAUGUAAAAGCGCGAGAUUCAUCUGUCGACUAUGACUCUUGCACAAGGGAGAGGCGCAAAACUGCUAGUCUUAGUGCUAGUUUGUCGUCCUCAGCAGCUGCUAACUCAAAUGACAAAUCAAACUCAAAGAGGAAAUGGUUUUCUCGCCAAAAAAAUACUAGUCCAUUACCGAGAGGGCAAUACUUCAGGUCAUCGUGCAGAGGUGCAGAGUGUUGUGGAGUGAAGCUGCGUAUUGAUGAGACAUCUGAGCCGGUUUGGUUGGAAUGCGACGAUGAGACUGUGAGGACCAUCUCCAAAAAGCAACUGGAAGAGAUUCUCGCUCAGAAACAACCGAAAAACUCCACCCUCACCCCGUACUUGUUGUUUUACGCAAGGCAGUGAUGUUUGUUGCUUCUAAGCUAGCUUGUGAUGCCACAUUCCUCUUUCCUUUAGAAGAAAGUAAUAGUCACACUGUUAAUCUAUUCAAAUUUCAAUUGCAACACUGAUUUCCAAUUUUACUACAGGUUUCGCUGUGUUAAAAGUCGCAUUUAUCAAUUUUAUGUUCAAAGCGAGAAAUGCUUCAAUCAGUCACGUCUACUUUCUGCAUAUCAGAAUAUGCAUCGUUUUAAAGUGUCUCAUCUUGUAAGAGUUUACAAUUGAUUGAUCGAUUACAGUUGUUUCUAAUAUAUUUUUGAUCACUUAAAGAUUUUAGAAUAUUUUAUAACACUAUGUUAAUUUGUAGUCAAAAAUUGAACACAUUGUCCUUGCAUAAGACAAAAUCUAAUUUUUUUUAAUGAGAGCAUAAUAUAAGCAUGGUGAUCUUGACCCUCCAUGGCAGAAAUUCGUCAAUUAACAACAUUGAUUUGUACAUUUUAUUAUGAUUGAAAGAAAAGUGAGACAAAAAUUGUCUACUGUCAAUAUUUUUCUAGGUUUUUAAUAGUUUAUUUAUUCAAAUCACUAAUAAGGGGGUUUAAUAAAGCACAUUAACUAUUUAUUAUUGGUUUAUGUGAAAAUAAUUUAGAGGCACAUUUUAUUUUAAUAAUUUCAUAAAUUCAACUUCUUUUUGAAAUAAUUUCCUUAAAUUCUAUUUUAACGAACAAAACUACAAUAGUUUACACUGUUAAUUGUGGCAUAAUUUAAUUUUUUUUUAAUAUUUGUUUAUUCCUUUUAAAUGCAUUUGGCCUAAUAAAUUAAUUCAGACUGGAAACCUGUCAAACCAAAAACAUUGCAAAACUAGUAUAAAGUUGUUAUCGCAAAUAAUAUUUGCUCAAUGUUACAGUUGAUGAUAGAUUUAGUAUAUUGUUGAUUGUGUCGAUAUAUUUAAUUAUGUAUUAAGUGUUCAAUGAGGACAUGUUCAUAAAGUUACAUAAGGCUUGCUUACAUGUUGAGAUUCCAAAGGAAUUUUUUUAAAUAGACGAAUCCCAAAUGUACAAAAUACAAAAAACCUACACCAGUCUUUACUGGUAAUUCCAAAAAUUGUAAAACAAAUUUUAUUCUAUUAUAAUUACAUUAAUUUUCAAUUAUUUGGUAAUGUGGUUUAUGCUUUUAUAUGUCAAUAAAUGAAACUGUUUAACAUUGUGGUUGAAUACUUGAAAACUUUAUUCAAAAGAGGAAAAAGUUUUCAGUCUAAGGCUCUCUGUAUUUAUAAAAGAAAACCUGAUCAGUAUUUGCAAUGUUACUGGUUUUCUAGUCUUCAGUUAAAUUAUUUUGACAAAUUAAAAAAUUAAUGACAUCUAAAUUGUGAUAUUUUUCUUACAGCACGUUGAAUUAAUUUUCUCUUUUGAGGUCGACGGUAAUGGGCUGAUAAUUUACUUAUCGCACAAAAUUAAAAGUACUUUUGUUAAAUGUUCACGAGAUAGUUGUAGUUAGGUUGAUUUUGUUUAAUUUUAAUUUUAAUCAGGAUUAAUAAAAAAUUUCAUUAAAUAAAUAAAAACAACUGUUUAUAACCUCUUAUAGAGCAUCGUUUGAUGUAAAAAUAAAACUGCCUAAAUUUAUAGGGCUGAAAUAAAAAGAAAUAUAUACAUUAAUUGUAUAAUAAUCACUGUAAAUUGUCUCGUCUAUGUAUAGUGUAUAUUAAAAAUAAUGGUUGUAGAACUUUGGCACAAAGCUCUGUUUUAAGAUUUGGAAUAAAAAGCCCAUUGCUUUGCUUCCUCUAAUAUUUAGCAAUAACAAUUAAAUGAGAUCUAUGUAAUUUAUAAUUACACAAAAAAAAAAAA